CGUUCGGUGCUUCAUUCAAUCGAAAUCUGUUUUGUGUGGCACACAGUGCGUCAAACGGCAACGUGAAGUGAAAGUGAACGAUCAUUGGAAGUAAACAUAAAUUCAAGCUACCUAGUUGCAAUAUGGAAUACAAUGUAGCCGCACCGGCUGCUUUGCGACAACCGUUGGCUGUACCGGAAAAGCUGUUAAUGGGUCCUGGUCCAUCUAAUGCACCACAGCGGGUGCUUGAUGCUCUGUCACGCCCGAUUCUGGGCCAUUUGCAUCCAGAAACACUGAAAAUCAUGGACGAUAUCAAAGAAGGCAUUCGGUACCUUUUCCAGACAAACAAUGCUGCUACGUUUUGUCUGAGUACGUCAGGUCAUGGAGGAAUGGAGGCCACAUUGUGUAAUCUUCUGGAGGAUGGUGAUAUUCUAUUGAUCGGUCAUACUGGCCACUGGGGAGACAGGGCUGCCGAUAUGGCCUCUCGUUACGGGGCUGAUGUGAGAACCGUUAAGUCAAAACCAGGUCAAUCACUCAGUUUAGAGGAAAUCGGCAACGCAUUGCUGAUCCAUAAGCCAUCAGUGCUGUUUCUGACCCAGGGAGAUUCAUCAACGGGUGUUCUCCAGGGUCUAGAGGGCAUAGGAGCAUUGUGUCGCAAGCAGGAUUGUUUACUGAUUGUCGAUACUGUCGCUUCAUUGGGAGGAACACCCAUGUUCAUGGAUCGCUGGGAGAUCGAUGCCGUGUAUACUGGCUCACAGAAGGUCUUGGGAGCACCACCAGGAAUAACACCGGUAUCGUUUGGACACAGAGCAGUUGAACGUUACAAGCGCCGUAGCAGCAAAGUGAAGGUCUACUACUGGGAUAUGAUGCUAGUGGGAGACUAUUGGGGAUGUUUCGGUAGACCGCGCAUCUACCACCACACGAUUUCCUGUACCCUAUUGUAUGGCCUACGAGAAGCCAUCGCCAUGGCAUGCGAGGAGGGUCUACCAGCGUUGAUAGCACGCCACCAGGACUGUGCCAAACGGUUGUACCAUGGCCUGGAAUCUGCUGGCUUCGAGCUGUAUGCCGUUUCCCAAGACCGAUUGCCGACUGUUGUUACGAUAAAGUUGCCACAGGGAAUUGAUUGGUUAAAGGUUUCCCAACAUGCGAUGAAAAGCUAUUUGGUAGAGAUUAGCGGAGGGCUUGGGCCUACUGCGGGACAGGUGUUUCGAAUUGGAUUGAUGGGUCAGAAUGCUACUGCAGAACGGGUGGAUCGAGUGUUGCAAGUUUUUAAAGAUUCGGUUCAAGCGGUUAAGCGCGAUAUUCAAGUAAUGGGUAAAAUGUAAGCAUGUCCAAUUGAUAUUACAGAACAAGCUUAGGUGUUUGAAAAAUGUUAUGGAAUAUAAAUAAAGCAAAGCAUACCUUAUCAUCCGAUCGUAGUGUGACGUCA